UUUGAUUUUAGUAGAUAACUGUCAUUCAGUAAAAGUGGGCGACUUGAUUGAGUAGUGAUAAUUUAAUUUUAAGCGCCGAAUCUUGAUUUCUCGUUAUUUUCGCUUAUGUUUAUAACAUUUCUUUGAUACUGUUGUGUUGAUUAUGUUCGUCUAAAUCGGACAUCACAUCUGUGAAAUAUGGGUGCAAAAGUGUCUAGAACCGACUUCGAAUGGGUAUACACCGAAGAACCGCACGCUUCACGCCGUAAAAUUAUUUUAGAAAAAUACCCGGAAAUCAAACAGCUCUUCGGCUACGACCCGCUGUUCAAAUGGGUGGUGACUGCCAUGGUGUUCACCCAGUUCGCCAUGCUGCCCGUCGUCCAGCAUCUCAGCUGGCCGGCGAUGCUGCUCCUCGCGUACUGCUUCGGCGGCGUCAUCAACCACUCUCUGAUGCUGGCAAUCCACGAGAUAGCUCAUAACCUGGCGUUCGGCCACAACCGGCCGUUCCACAACAGGCUGUUCGGAUUCUUCGCGAACCUCCCAAUAGGGUUGCCAGUGUCGAUCAGCUUCAAAAAGUACCAUUUGGAACAUCAUCGGUACCAAGGCGACGAGGUGAUAGACACUGACCUCCCCACCCUAAUAGAAGCGAAGCUGUUCAACACCACAGGCGGAAAGCUGCUGUGGUUGUUUUUGCAACCGUUGUUUUAUACAGUGCGCCCUCUGGUGGUAAGACCGAAGCCCCCUACACCGCUGGAGCUGGUGAAUGCUGUCAUACAGCUGUUCUUCGACGCCCUAGUCGUUAAAAUUUUCGGUUGGAAGGUGCUCGCUUAUCUAGUACUUGGUUCAUUGAUGGCGAUGGGAGUGCAUCCUGUAGCAGGCCACUUCAUAUCGGAGCACUAUAUGUUUCGCAAAGGAUUCGAGACAUAUUCCUACUACGGCCCCCUGAAUUGGAUCACAUUCAAUGUGGGCUAUCAUAAUGAACAUCACGAUUUCCCCGCUGUACCCGGGAGAAGGUUGCCUGAGGUGAAGAGAAUAGCGUCGGAGUUCUACGACGACCUGCCACAGCAUCACAGCUGGUCUUCAGUGUUGUACGACUUCGUGAUGGAUCCCGAUAUCGGCCCUUACGCCAGGAUCAAGAGGAAGCACCACGGGCUCGAUAGCUAGGGAUGUGGCGCCAUCUAGACUUCGAAGACGAAUCACUAAAGAGAAUUUAGUUGUUUUUUUUUCAAUGAUGAAAUUAUAAAUAUUUUUCUAUCCCAAUUGAGUCUAAAAUUUAAUUAAUUUCAAUUUCUUUAAAUUGUUUUGAAAGUUCGUACUUCUUUGCAAAAUAUGUACAUUUUGUGUCUACUUCAUAUUAAUAUAAUGUACGAAAAUAUUUUAAUAAAGCCCUGAUGUUUUAGUAAAUGCUGAAAUUUGUAUUAUAUUUAUUUGCGUAUUAGUCAAUUUUUGAAAUUGUCUAUUGAAAAUUUUGUUUUACAAUAAAAUUUUAUCUUACCUUUAAUUUUGAAUGGAAGGGCAGGUAGGUAUAUUUUAUUAUAGCUUUUAACCAAAUGGUAUAAGGUCCAAGAAUUUCUUGGUUCGGGCAGUGAAUUCUCGCAUUUAUUAUAUACAUAUAUUAUAUUAAGGGUCAGGUCAAAAGUACCCGAAACCGCCGAGCUUGUAUGAAGAGAGUUAUGAAUGUGGACGAAGCGAAAGAAGUAUGCAGAGAUCGUGGAAAGUGGAAAGAGGUAGUCUCUGCCUACCCCUCCGGGAAAGAGGCGUGAUUUUAUGUAUGUAGUAUGUAUGUAUAUAUUAUAUUGCUAUGAGUUUAUAACUUUUAGUAAAAUUAAUAGAUUUAAAAACCUUGUUAUGCCUUUAAUCUAUAGGUAUCGAGUUAUGUGAGCUCUUCAUAUAUAAUCACUCUUUGGUUAAAAUUCAUUUUUAAUAAAACAAUAAUAAAUAUUUUUCGUUCAUUUUUCACAUCGAUCAAUUGUGGUCACAAUUAUUUUUAAUACAAAAAGUAUAACUUCUGUUGUUACCUCUUUAUUGUGCAACAUAAAAUAUUAUGGUCUCUUAUUUGAACAUAAAAGUAGUUUAACAAAAACAUUACAUUUUUAUGUUCUCGUGUACAAAUAUACUUUCGAAUAUGGCUAUUUUUUUUCAUGCCAAUGAAAUAAAAUGUUCUUCGUAUUUUUUGUUAGAUCAAUGUGGUGUGAUAAUAAUGAUACUUUGUUAUUAUUCUUGUUGAAGAGAUAUCAUUGAUUAUUCUCAAUUUAUUUUUGUACUCUACGCAUUGUAGGCUAGAAUUGUAGAAAAUAAUGUUGUAUUAUUAUGUCUAGUAGUUACAGGGCCAGGCUAUUUUAUUUUUCCAUUGUGUUGUGGUUCUCUAAAAAAUGGCUGUUCUGCCUAAAAAAUUGACUUUCGCUCGGGGCCUCGCUCCCGUGAGUAAUUCCAAAGAAAAGCGACUCAUAUUUGACUUCGGGUAAUUAAUACUGUUCAAUCCACAGUCCAAAAAUCUGGCGUCUGUGCAACAAAUCUAUCUGCAUGGAGAUUAUGGGAGUGAAAAAUAAUAGUCUUAUUUCAUAAUCCUGAUGUUGGGAUUCGUGCCACUAGACCACGGGAUGAGAUAUACUAUUAAAAUAUACAUUUAAGUUUAAUUCAAGUAUUUUUUCACUCCCUUACCAUGGUACCUAGAAAGUAUUUACCUCGGCUAAUCGCUUUAAAUAUUACCGCAUUGAAAUAUAAGCUUUAUAAUGUACGGUAAAAAUUUUGGAUAGGGUUCUAACGUAGUUCGCUGACGCUUUUCACAAAUGGCUCUACCUUUUUUUUUGAUUGGUGUUAAAGCGCUGUGAAAGUAAAAAACUAAGAAAAUUCAUACAUACAAUCACUUCUCCAUCCUAUUACCGAGUAGACUGAGCUAACAGUCUACAUGAUGAUGGAAGAUAAAAUGAAAAUUAUUAUUUUUAAAUUAAAAUUUUGCAUAUAUGAUAAGUUAUCGUUUUUAGAAGAUAUGUUAUAGAAAUUCCUUGGAAUUAAUAUUCUCAGACUAAGGAGUGCGUAAUACCUAAUAAAGUUUAUAUAUCAAUGUAUGUAUAUAUAUCUAUUAGUAUUUGAGCUUGGGAUCGUUAAUACCUCAAAGAAUUUGUCAAGGUGACUACAUGAUAUUAUAUAAAGAUGUAUGUUUGUAAAAUGUACCUAUACCUGUGAAUAUGUUUGAUAAAAUCUAUUUCAAUA